AUGGCCAAAAUCGGCGCCAUCUCGCUCUACGAAGGCGCCGAUUCUGAACCCCUGAGAGUAAUGCCGCGACAGUGGGAGCUUAUGCUCCGGGCAUCGAAUGACUGGGGCACCGCGGAUUUUAUACAUGAGAUCCACCACAAGAAGGUCAAUGCGAAAGCCACCUUGGUAUGGAUUGUUGGCAACAAACGGGAAACGGACAAAUGCAGUCAUUGUAAUCAAAAGAACUCUUGUGGCUCCUUUACCGCUUAUGUUACUGUCGACGGAAUCAACGGUGGAGCCGGUGCCAACUGCAUCCGGGGCAAUCAGAUCAAGAUUUAG